AUGGAUAAAGCACAUCCCUUGAGUAGUCCAAUAAUCGUGAGAUCGUUUAAUGUAAAUAAAGAUCCAUUUCGACCUCGUAUGAGUGAUGAAGAAUUAAUUGGUCAUGAAGUACCAUAUCUCAGUGUUAUUGGAGUGUUAAUGUAUCUAGCUAGUCAUACUAGACCCGAUAUAUCAUUUGCAGUAAAUUUACUAGCGAGAUAUAGUUUUUCACCGACAAAGAGACAUUGGAACAAAUUACAUAUUUUUCGAUACCUUCAAGGAACUAUGGACAUGGGAUUAUAUUAUCCAUAUGUAUGUGAAGCUGAAUUGAUUGGGUACGCAGAUGUAAGAUAUAUAUCUGAUCCUCAUAAUGGAAGGUCUCAAACGGGUUAUGUAUUCACAUAUGGUGGUACAACUAUAUCAUGGAGAUCUAUGAAACAAACAUUUAUCGCUACAUCUAUAAAUCAUUCAGAAAUCAUAGUUGUUUAUGAAGCAAGUCGAGAAUGUGUGUGGUUGAGAUCAAUUAUGCAUUAUAUUCGAGAAUCAUGUGGUUUAUUAGUAAAUAAGAAUUCUCCAACAAUUUUAUACGAGGAUAAUGCUUGCUUAUAUUGCGCAAUUAAAUGA